UCAGUGAACAGCAGAGGAGGAAGCAGCAGGCCUCUCCACUCUGACCAACUCUGCAUCAUUCACUCAGGUAUAGGUGACCAUAAUGGAAAAAGGUCAGGAGCCCAUGCCCAUGCCCAUGCCCAUGCCUACUAUGCCCAACCCAUCUGUACCCGGUGAGCCGUACCCACCUGUACCCGCACAGCAGGACAAUACACCUGUCCCUCCACAGUACACAGAGUACAAUGUAGGGAUGUAUGCUCCUCAGCCAGUGAUACAACCUGUUCAACAAGUUAUUUAUCAUUACCAAGCCCAGCCUCAACCUCUAGUUCAACCUGCCAGCGUGGUCAUGGUCCAACCAAAGCCCACAGACUCCCCUGGACGGAUGCAGUGUCCUCACUGCCAAAACAAUGUGGUAACUACAAUAAAAUACAAGAAUGGGCUGCUCACUUGGCUCAUCUGUGGAACAUUGGGUGUCUUUGGAGUCUGGCCCUGCUGUUUGAUCCCAUUCUGUGUGAGUUCCUGUAAAGAUGUGGAGCACAGUUGUCCGGCAUGCCAGGGUGUCAUUCAUCUACACAAACGCAUGUGAGGCAUAGCGGUGGAGACUACAAAAAAACUUCAAUCUGUAAACUCAAAUGUGGCCCUGUUCUACUGUGUGCUGCCCAAAGGAACAGCAUAUAGAACACUGACAUAUAAUACAGCUGUAAAAUAUUUAUAUUUUUUAAAUGACUGUAAAUUAUAGGUGUAGUAUGUAUAAAUUGUUUACAGAAAUGA